GGUUCCAAACUCUGCACUUGGUCCAUCUCUGUGUCCUCCAGCCAUGGCUACAGAUCUUUAAGGGCCCGCUCCAAAAACCAGCAAGCUCACACCAAGAGAAGGACAUCUUUUCUACCCAGAGGGGAGGGGGUCCACCACAGUCUGACCAAAUACUCAGGAGGGGGUCCACCACAGUGGGACCAAAUACUUGGAAAAACUAGACCAGGAAUCAUAUUUCUCACUUUUUUAAAAACCAUCUGGAAUUCAACAUCCAAGUGCAAUUUGUACUUCUGGACUAUGGUUUGAGACUGACCUGUCCUCUGGCAUCCAAGGGUCUACCUGCUGAUCCCCUCCACCUGGAACACUUCAGCCUGCUAAGACCUCAACAAGACCUGCUUGGAUUACCACAAGACCUCCGUGUGGUUUCUCUCUUCAUGCAUUCACCAAACACUGGGGAGAAGAGUUCACACUCUCUUUACCUUUAAAGUCCUGCUCCUCUUCUCUCUGGUGGUGGGAGCUGAGCCAAGGAGCCCAGGAGCCCAGGAACCCAGGAGCCCAGGAGCCAUGGUCCUGCUGAAGAUGAAGUUCACCCAGCAGAGGAGGGUGCGUCUGGCCCAGGGCUUGUGGCUCUUGUCCUGGAUGGCCGUGCUGAGCGGCUCCUUCAUCUUCACUCUGGGGGUCUACCUGAAGAUAGAGCUGCUACGUAGGGCCGAGGUGAUGGACAACACCGAGAUCCACGUGGUGCCCAACAUGCUCCUGCUGGUGGGUCUGGCCGCCAUCGCCACCAACGGGGUGGCGGGCCGAGUGUGCCAGGACUCUUUGGACCCGGGUCGCUUCCCCCGCUGGAAGGUGGUCCUGCUGGGCUGGUAUGCGGCGGCCGCCCUCCUCUGCUGUCUACUGCUGGCCGUGGUGGUCCUCAGCUACGCCCUGCAGGGCCGCCUGGAGGACUCUCUCAAGGUUGGCUUGAGGAACGGCAUCCGCUUCUACAAGGACACCGACGUUCCAGGGCGCUGCUUCCAGAAGGAGACCAUCGAUCGUCUGCAGAUGGAGUUCCGUUGCUGCGGAAACACCAACUUCAGGGAUUGGUUCGAGGUGCAGUGGGUCAGCAACAGAUACCUGGACUACACCUCCAAGGACAUCAAGGAUCGCAUCCGCAGCAACAUAGACGGCCGCUUCCUGCUGGAUGGCGUCCCCUUCAGCUGCUGCAACCCGGUGUCCCCUCGGCCCUGCCUGCAGUCCCAGCUGACGGACAACGCCGCCCACUACAACUACGACUUCCAGAGCGAGGAGCUCAACCUGUACAGCCGCGGCUGCAGGGAGGCCCUGAUCGACUACUACAUGGAGCUGAUGAACUCCACUGGCCCCGGUGUGCUGUCUGUCAUCUUGAUACAGCUGUCCAUCCUCUUCAGCCUGCGCUACCUGCAGACCGCGGUGGAAGACGCCAUGGCUCAGGAGGACCCGGAGGGUGACAGCCAGGGUUUCCUUCUGGAGAAGGGCGUGAAGGAGACCUUGGAGGAGGCCCAAGUCAAACUCCUGCUCUUGAUGAGGUUUGGCCAGGUGGACCCCGGGGCAGCCGAGGGUUCCGCAGACAAGGACGCCGCCCCGCCUCCUUCCAGCUAGCCGAGUAGUCGCAAGAAAGAUCACUAGCGCCCUCUACUACC